AUGUUGUUGCCGACUCCCAGCCGUGCAGCGAUUCCCGGUCUUCGCUUUGGACAUUUGCCACAGCAGGUGGCCACUGCCGCGCUCUGCGAGCUGAAGAUCGGACUGCGGCAGAGGUCUGCUUCGACCUUGGAGCUGGGCGUAGGAUUCGCAGCCAUGAAGGCUUUGCAAAAGCUACGCUCCAAAGCGUGUCCAAAACGAGCCCGGAAGGUUUGGGCGGCUUGGUGCCGACAGCGCUUUCAAGAUGUUCGGCCUCUGUCAGAGUUUCCGGCUUGCCAUCAUGCCAUAGAGAUGGCCAGCGCGCACUUUGGAGUACCAAAGCAGCUGGGCGAGCUAAAUGUGAUUCUUCGCAGCUACGACAAAGGAGACUGGCUGGGCCGACACGUUGAUGAUGUUCGAAUGUUUGCUGAGCCUGUUCUGGCGACAAUCCUGAAGCCCGGAGGGCAGAGGGACGGCCUUUGCUUCUCCUUGCCUCAGAGCUCGCAGGGGUUGGCCGCCGCGCGGGCAGAUGCCGAGGCCGCUGGCAUUGAUGAGCUGCUAGGGGAUGAUGCGUUGCCUUUGGAGAGCUACCAGGUGUCACGGGAUCUUAGAGAUGCUCAACUGUGCUUGCCAGAUGAUGGCCAGAAAGAUCCAUGACAAAAGCAUCCAGUAUUAUCAUGUAUUAUCCAGUGAUCAUGCUGUUUUUGAUGUGUUUUAUUAUUAUUAUAUUAUUUUUGCAUCUUUCAUCAUCUUUCAAUUUCUUUUCCAGCUGUCCAUUGAAUCUUCUGAAUCCUUUCGGGAGAAUCCAGAUUUUAUAGCGCCCUUCCAGGGUUCACAAUGGGGACGGCUUAUAGUUGGCUCUCAAAGAGGUAAAAAAGUAUUUAAAAACAGAAUCCUACUAUUACAAUUGCGCAGCGAUCAAAACCCC